GAAUAUUUUUCAAAAUUCAAAAAUGCAUUUUUGGCACUACUUAUUUAGGACCUAAUCUAUUCAAAAUUACAAAAUUAAAUAACUGCAAAAAUUAUUUAGAAAUCCAAACAUAAUGAACUUCGGAUACAAAAGUCUUUAAUUCAUCUUUAAUCUUUUAAAAAUAAGUGCUCCAAAAAUGCUGUUUUUAAAUUGCAUUAAUAGAUGUUUACGGCAAGCAAUUCAACAUAAAUGUAAAAAUUUAAAAUGUAAUGUGAUUAUUCAGAAGAUCCUUGAUGUUCAGAAGAAUUUUCACAGGAGUAAAUGCAACACAAAGAGAAAUAAAAAUAAGGGCGGUAAAACCACCACAUCAGGGACCAAAUCUGGCAAGAAGUUAGUGGCUAUGGAAGAAGUCAUCAGAUUCAUUAAGGAUUGCUUUAUAGCUUCCUGUGUACCCGAAGAUCAUGCAUGUAUCAUGGCAAAGACGUUAGCAGCGUGCGAUUAUCGCGGUAUUAUGAGCCAUGGCAUGAAUCGAGUCGAAAUGUAUAUUAACAUGUUGAAAACGAAUGCUUUGGAUGGUUGUGUAAAACCGGUAAUUAAAUGCGAAACACCAGCAACAGCAUGGGUAGACGGCAAGAAUGGUCUUGGUGCAGUUAUUGCACAUUUCUGCAUGGAGCUUGCAAUGGGUAAAGCUGAAGAGGUCGGUAUAGGAUUUGUGGUAGCACAGCAUUCGAAUCAUUAUAUUGUUCCUGGUCUGUACAACUUAAAAGCUAUGGAAAAGGGCUAUAUCGGCAUAAAUAUGAGUAAUACAUGGCCAUUAAUGGCGCCGAAAGGAGCAAAAGAACCUAUACUUGGCACUAAUCCUAUAUCCAUUGGUGCACCAGGUGCUGAUGAUCAUUAUCUAUUUGAUGUAGCCACAACUCAAGUGGCCGUUGGAAAACUUGAGGUUGCUUCACGCAAGGGGCCAACCAUACCGGCGGGCUGGGCUUUAGAUAAGGACGGAAAACCGACUACUGAUGUUAAGAAAGCUCUCGAAGCGAAAUUGUUGCUUCCAUUGGGUGGAAUUGAUUUCGGUUACAAAGGUUAUGGCCUGGCUGGUGCAAUUGAUAUACUUACUGGUGUGUUAGGAGAUUCUGACUUUUCCAAAAAUAUUGUUUUUAAAGAAGGCGUUCCAAUGAACUUGGGACAAAAUUUCUUAGUCAUAAAUCCAAAUAUGUUUGCACCAGAUUUUAAAGAGCGCUUAACUUGUUUUAAUCAAACUUUAAGAAGUUGCAAAGUUGACAAUGAGAAAAAUAAGCUGAUGAUUCCUGGAGAUACAGAAAUCCAACGCAUGAAAGAAGUGGUCAAAGCGGGUGGUAUCGAAUAUACAGAAAAUCAGCUGCAAGCAUGCGAAAAACUGUCCAAGGAACUCGACGUGGAGCCAUUGCAAUUUGUUUGUUAAAAAUUAAUAGUGUUAAUGAAUAAUAAUAUUUUCGAUAAAAAAAACUUUCAAAUAAAAUAG